AUGAGACGAGGAAAUGCCAGUGUCACGGCUACUUUCAAGGUUACUCUCUUGGCAUGUCAAAAUAAAGUGUAUGUCACGCCUAAAACCCCGUUAGGCGUGUCAUUAGCCGUUACCGGACUAAGAGCUCUGACUACGGUUCGGGCGCAGAAAGAAAGGAGUGAGCAGGAACUCCGAGUUCGGCUGCACGAUGUGGAGGAGCGUCUCAGGGAGCAGGAGUCCCAGCUAGCUCAGCUCCAGAAGGACCUGGAUGACCGAUGCGAGAUCAGCGCCGACCUGGAGCGGCAGUUGCUUGAGGCCCUGGAGCAGAAGAUCGAGGUCGAGGCCCAGAACGCAGCGCUCGAGGAGCAAAUCGCCCGGCUCAAUGCGGAGUCCUGGUCGGAGCGGCGUCGGCUGUCGGCUGAGGCGCGUGCCCGGAGCGCCCAGUGCUCUGCCCUGGAGGCCCUGGUGUCGCACCUGCGGCAGGCGGCCGACCAGCGCCGCCUGCUCGAGCGCCAGCACGCCCAGGCCCUCGAGGAGGUGCGCGCCGCCAGGCAGGCAGCCUCGGUCCACAAGGCCGACGCCGCCUGCCUGGACACCAUCCAGGGGCUCGAGUCCAAGGUGCGGGAGCUACAAAAGAAGUGCGAGCUUCAGAAUGUUCUGCACGAGGAGCUGGUGCUGGAGAUGGCCUCCCUGCGCCGCCAGCAGACCCAACAACGGAACAGGGGCGCCAGGGACGCCUGGAGGGCGGGCAGGUCCUUCUCGGCCGAGGUGACGUCGUCCAGCAACCAGACGUGUUCGCUGGAGCUGUCGGACCAGCUGAUGCUAGAUGCCGAGACGUCGCGGAGUUCGCACGGGCGGUGCGGGGCCAGGUCCGCGUCGCCGCCGCUCCUGCUGGAUGACACGGGUCUGGGCGACCACGUCGGGACGGGGCCCUCGCUUACCUGCUCGUCGGUUCUGACGGUUUAUUUCGAGUCCGAUCCGUCCAGCAUUUCAUUCCCCUCCGAGUCCGCUAAGAAGAGCACGGAGCUGUCGCUGAGCCGGACCACGACGGCGACCACGACCCGUGAGGUGGACCGCAUUCUGGCGAGGAUACAGCAGGACAACCGGGUCCUCGCCGAGCUUGAGAAGUCCAGGGCCACCAUCGGUUCCCCGGUGUCCGUGGCGAACCUGGAGCGGCUGCGGCAGAGCAUCGAGGCCGGAGACUCGCAGGGGCAGGUGGUCAGCCACGAGCCGCUCACGCCGUCCGUCGCCUCCAUGCUGCUCCAGUCGCAGCUCAAAUCGUCCUUUUCAUCUCCUGCCAUUGAUCAGCUGUCGAUGGAACCACACCGAACGAGGCAGCUCUACUCUCAGCUCAGGUCCAGGGCGUUACAAAGAUCGACCAUCACCAUGCAAGAACUGGACGGGCUGAUGGCCAAGUUGGAACAAGACAACCGCAUCUUAGCCGAGCUCGACAAGAAGAGGGCUUGUCUAGGUUCGUCGUGCACGGGCUACCACACCCGGAUGUGCUCAACGACGUCCCUCAGCACCACCCUGACGGGGUCCCACCACGGAGCACUGGCGCCCGUGGCCGCGUCCCGGUCCAGCCUCGGGGUCUCUGCCGGCGGGCGCGGCAGCCUCGGGGGCCUGACGCUGCCCACGCUGCCGGCCGUGUCCGAGCCCCCCAACGGGGUCCUGGGCGCUGUGUCCCCGGGACUGGCGCGCAUGCACCACGUGGCCACGCCCACCGUCAGGCAGGACUCCCACGGAAUGCUCAUGGCCCCCAUGUCGGCGCCCGGUAGCCAACAGCAUCAGCUUCAACAACAGCAGCAGCAGCAGCAUCACCAGCCCGGUUCAGAAGAGGACUCCCUGGGCGUGGAGUCCGUGGAGUUCGUGGACCUUCCGGGCCGGGGCCGCUGCCGCGUCUACGUGGCGCGCUACAGCUACGACCCGCUCAAGCAGUCGCCCAACGAGCACCCCGAGGCAGAGCUCUACCUGAACGCCGGCGACUACAUCCUCAUCUUCGGAGACAUGGACGAGGAUGGCUUCUUCAACGGUGAGCUCAUGGACGGCCGAAAGGGACUAGUGCCCUCGAACUUCGUCUUGAAGCUUACAGGCGAGGACCUGUUCGAGUUCCAGACGACCAUCCUGUACGGCAACCGCGACUCGGACGACAGCAGCGCCAGUUUCAGCUACGCCCCAGACCUGGACGCACUCGUAGGCGCCGACGAACAGCACCGGCUACCUCCUGAGGACCUGCACCGUAUGAACGAUUACAUCGAUCUGGAGGACAUUGAGGAAGUGGACGAAGACGCCCUCUCCGAGACAGAACGGGAAAACGACGGCAUGGGAUUGGUUGGCGGCGGCGGCGGCGGCAGCUUCCCGGUGCCUCCACCGCAGCGGCUGGUGAUGGAGCGGCAGCUGAUCAAGAGCGUGCUGAUCGGCUGGCUGCCACCGGACGUGGUGCUGGGCUCCCUGGAGGCCUACCACGUCUACGUGGACGGCGUGCUCAAGGCCACCGUCAGAGCGGGACACCGCACAAGGGCGCUCCUCGAGGGCGUCGACUCCGCGCAGCCGCACCGAAUCAGCGUGCGGUCAGUGCUGACGUCCGGCCAACAUUCCAGGGACGCGGCCUGCACCAUUGUCAUCGGCAAAAACGUUCCCCUGGCACCGAGCUGCGUGAAGGCGUCCAACGUGACGUCGACGGCGGCUGCCAUCAGCUGGCUGCCGAGCAACUCCAACUUCAGUCACGUGGUGGCGGUGAACAGCGUGGAGAUGAAGUGCCUCAAGCCGGGCUGCUUCCGGCACCUGGUCUCGGGGCUGGCGCCCAACACGUCGUACCGCGUCAGCGUCAGGGCCAAGCCCGGACGACUGCUUUUGUGCGGCUUCCCAGACGACUCCAAGGCCGAGACGCGCAGGGUCGCCGGCAUGCUCACGGCAUUCGUGGACUUCCGGACCCUUCCCAAAGGCAUCCCGGACCCCCCGAUGGACAUCCAGGUGGAGGCGGGGCCCCAGGAAGGCACCGUGCUGGUCACAUGGCUGCCGGUGACCAUCAACGCGGCCGGCACCUCCAACGGGGCGCCGGUCACCGGCUACGCCGUCUACGCCGCCGGGAGAAAGAUUACCGAGAUAGACAGCCCGACCGGGGACCACGCACUGCUGGAGGUGGGGCCUCUCCUGCCCUUGCACACCCGCAGCGUGACGGUGCGCACCAAGGCAGGGGACACCCUCUCGGCGGACUCGCUGCCCUGCCUGGUGCCCGAUGACCUCGUCCACGGCACCAGGACGCCAAAGUCUGUGGACCGUGUCGAAGAGAACCACUCGGAGCUGUCAGACAUCGUCGAAGAGCUUGAGGACGAGAUGCUCGAGAACGGAGAGCUGGGUCACCGUGGCAGCCGUGGCUCCCGCGGAGGCUCGGGGAUGAGUCCCCGGAAGCACCACCAUCACCACCACCACCAUCACCAGCAUACGGGGCAGCAGCCGCAACAGAUGCAGCACGGGCAGCCCGUGGCGAUGCACCAGCAGCCGCCGCAGGUGCAGGGGUCACAGAUGCACGGCAGCGGCCGCCGGGAGAAGCGGAACUCGGCCGGGCAGCUCAUCAUCGAGCCCGACGACGCCCUGAGCGACAAGGAGAUCUACCCGUACUACAGGGGGCCAAGCAUCCCCGCUGUUGGGAUGACCAAGGACAUGGAGGGAAGCUACGGCAUCGGGGAGAACUAUUCCGAGGAGGAGUUUUCGAAGUACGACAUGGGACCUCGAGGAGCUCCUCGCGGGACGCGCGGGCACGGCGCCGUCAGCACGGGAUCCGUUCGCUACCAUCAGCAACAGCACCACCAGCAGCAGCAGCCGCAACAUCAGCAGCAGCAACAACAACAGCAACAGCACCACCAUCACCAGCAGCCGCAGCAGCAUGGCGGCGCGCCGAUGUCCUACCAGGAGCGACCCCGGCCCACGUCGCCAACGCCGCCGACGAGGUCGCGGCACCUCUCCGACGUCGACGACCCGCGGGGUUCAUACUCGAGAUCGACGGAGAGCCGCUCCGGGCAACGCCAGCCACGGGUGCGUUGGUUCGUGGCCCUGUUCGACUACGACCCGCAGACCAUGUCUCCAAAUCCAGACACGGCGGACGAAGAACUGCCUUUCCAGGAAGGGGACCUUAUAAAGAUUUACGGAGGCAAAGAUCAAGACGGCUUCUACAAGGGCGAGGCCAACGGGCGCAUGGGCUUCGUGCCCUGCAACAUGGUGUCCGAGGUUCACAUGGACAGCGACGUGGCCGAAACCGGACCGCCAGCCAGGUCGAGACCACCGCCGCACAGGGGGGCCGACGGUGACGCUUGGGCCGCCGGUGGCGUGCUGCCCCCGCAGCCCAAGCGGAUGGUGGCCCUCUAUGACUACGACCCGGCGGAACUGAGUCCAAACCCCGAUCCUUUCUCCGAGCUUGCCUUCAGCACGGGUGACGUGAUCUACGUGUACGGCGACAUGGACGAAGACGGCUUCUUCUUCGGCGAGCUGCACGGGCUGCGGGGCCUGGUGCCGUCCAACUUCCUCACUGAAGCCCCACCGGACUACGCGGAGGGACAGCGCAGGACGCCCCACGGUGCCCCGAUGCAGGCCAAGGCCACUUUGGCUAACCGACCCAGACGCAGCUCCGCCCCCGUCACGAGCUCCGCGAACCCAUGCUGGCCCCGCGAGGCGGCGGGCCCGGCGCCCACCAGCAGCAGCAACACCAGCCGUCGCACCAGCAGGGCCAUCACCAGCAGCAGGGCAGCAUCCACGGCGGCAGGGGCCCCCACGGGGGACACCAGGGCGCCGGGGUUCCGCACCAGGGCGCGGCGCCCAACAGGCACGCUCCGGCCGACGACUCGCUCCAGUGGCAGCAGCAGCAUCCUGCACAGCACGCGCAGCAGCUCCAGCAGCACCAGCAGCAUCCCUACGCUCAGCAGCACCGAGGUAGCGGCGGAUCGGCCACCAUGGAGACCCACUACGAGCACCGGGGGGGACCGCACGACCAGCGGGGCUACGCGGGACGACCCGUCGUCGGCGCGUCCCAGCGCUGGUGAAGAGCACCCGGUGCCACAACCGCCGCCGGGCAAGAAGAAGGGCCGCUUCCGCAUCCUCAAUGCCCUCAAACGACUUUUCCGCAUCAAGGGCCGCAAGAAGAAGAAGAAGAAGCUACUGCUCCAGGGGGCGAGCUAGGGCACCAUCGUGCGACGUCUGCAACUGGACUUGCCGUCCGUCGCCGUACUCGAUAAGGUUCAUCUCCCCGUCUGGUGCAACGGGCAGGCCAGCAAGCCGAUGGCUGUCCUGGAGUGGUCGAGUCCAUGAACCAGCGUGUUUGGGUCUCGCAGCCAAGUUUCGAGGGACGAAGAACCAGCGUUGUUCGUCUUGAGCGAGUCCCUGAAGGAGGGAUAUCUGGUUCCUGGUUUGGUCUCUGCAGUGUCGUGGUGCAGCUUGCUCAUUUUACAGUGCUUUACGAAGGACGCCUUCGGGGCUGCCGAGGCUUUUGAGGGGAAUCGGUUGACCGUGCUUAGUUAGGUGGUCAGUUUAUGGCAGCUUUCAUCGCGUGCCAUAGCUUUAUGAUUUUUGUACCAAAAUGGAUGUUUUGGAGGUCGGAUCAAAACAUUUUUUCGACUAACGGAAUGUUAAACGUUGUCACAGGCGAUCGCUAAAACGUGUCUGACGACCACACUUACGCUGCAUUGGGAUCAUCUUAUGUAUUUAAUGAAGGACUCGACGUCCAGAGUCAGACUUUUUAAAUGAAAGACAUUUCACACUCACUGAACAAAAUCACCAAAGCGGAGAACUCAUCCAGACCGUACAUACUAUGUCAUGUCGGAACCCAGCGACGUUCAAACCUCGUUUCGUUGUGGUUUAAAUCAUACCUAAUGAACCGUUAGUUUCUUUACAGGCAUAUAAUAUAACAGGUGUGCGAGUCGUUUCUCUAAAUGUCCGUUCAUAUAACUACCAGAACAGUGCUCCAUACCACGAGCCCCUGCCAGGCCGACGUCAGAAAAUCUGAAAUCUAGUUCUUCUCUGACGCUAAAGCAGCCAUGGGCUGUUUCUUGGUUACGUAUAGGCGAGACCUGGCGUAUCGCACCGUCAGACUGGAGAGGCGAAGAAGUGUAUUCGGGAGCUCGAAGGAAAUCGCUCCACCUCGGAGCGACCCGCCAGCCAGCACAUAUCCCGGGAUCCGGCGCCAAGGAUCAUCCGACGAGCUCGCGUAACUCGCGCUCUUCAUGUGCCAACAGUGAGUCAGUUCACGAACCUGCCCGAGGACAACUCGCCGCCUACGCCGUAGUCUCUAUCUCCAACGCUGUGCGUGCGUGCGUGUGUCCGUGUGUGCAUCUUUGUGUGCGCACCACUCGCACGUGCACGGCUCUCGUCAGGUCAGAUUUGGACUUGGCAUCCGGCUGUUGUCGUGUUGUGUUGUCAGCUGUGCCGUCGCAGAGGUUCCUGAGUGUUAUAUUUCUCGGUUGACCCGCUAGUCACGCUUCACCUCCGAUGGCCGCAGACCCCUUGGCGUUCCCCGUCCCGGAAGGUCUUUGGAAGAAAGCUAAGGACGAUUUGCAAUUUCGUCUGUGGGAAUUGGCUUUUGUCGAGCUCCAAGCCGGGGCGUGAGAAACAACGCCACGUCGCCCACUUGUGAGACUGUCAGGAAGAUAUGAGAGACGAUCGUUGCAUUCUAUACUACAGUCAGUGAUGGGAUAAAAACCACAGGGAGGUUUUUCACUUGCCUGUCCUCCAGCACAAUCUUCCUACCUUCUAUAGCAUUUUGGCGUCUCAUUAGCUUCGAGCGUGCAUACACAUCUAAAGCACGACGGAAGGCAACAAGCGCGUGCUGGAGGCUGCGCGUCUAAAAGAUGCCCUGCACUUCCUUUCCUGCCGGUGGCUAUAGUGCCGCUGACAAAAGGCAGGUGACGUAGCAUAAUUGGCAUGAAAACGUUUAGCCUUUAUGUUUUAAGAGUACUGCUUUUUUCCCACGAUAAUGGACGAAGAAACCAGUCUCGAAACUCUUUGUGUGAUGCGUUACAUCGAAAAGGCUAAUAUGGCUAACAUCUUUCCCUCUCUUUCUAUCUAUCUCUCAUUCUUCUUGAGUAGGCACAAGACUCUUCUGGGACAAGGAACGUGAUUGGGACCCUAGUGAGCUCAGCGUUAUUUCGGCUGUUUUGAGCGAACGUGUGCAGCGUUGCAUGUUUCUGCACCGACUUUUCGACACCGCCACGAGUCCAAAGUUGCCACUCACCCUAUAGUGCCAUACGUGUCUUGUUUCGAGAGCGGACACAUUUUCCGAACGUUUUGCAACUCACGUGCUGUUCUUUUUUUUCUUUCCGUUUCUUCUCUUUGUGGAACUGGGACGUGUAAAUUUUUCUACUGCGUGCGCAGCCCGACUUUUUUUGUUUCGUUCAUGAUCUACCGCAUGUGAAUACGUGUCUCUCCAACACUAUCUCCAUCAACCACGCUUCCAAAACCCUUCGCUUUUGUACAAAUUGACCGUGUGACGCCUUACGUCUCGUGCGUUCCUCUACCCAUACCGAAAGAAGGGACGGCCGUACUCUGUCGUUCUUCCACGCUCCAUACCCCAUUCCGCAGCUAUCGCGUAACAUUGCCGAUACUAAGAAACUGUAAUGAACAGUUCCAACUGAACGACAUUUUCUACUUCUUUGCCAUCGCAGUGGUUCAGACGUACUUGGAUACAGCGGGGCAUAAUCUUGUGCAGAAUGCAAACCGGAAGGAGUUGCCUGCAGCAGCACUGGUUUUAUUGGACGCAGUAAUGUGUACUGAGUUGAAUCCACGCGUCAGAUUUACCGAUGGGUCUUAUAUUCUGUAAGACUUUACGCCAUAAUCCGCGCAUCCCAGAUUCGUGCGCGUCGUUUGAAAUUUUAAACCCGUAUGGUGCCAGACAGUUUCGCUUCUUGUCGAUGCCAAGCAGAAGCAUAAGCACUGUUCCUCUCACUUAUAGAAUAGACAUGCUCCAUAAAAUCUGACCAGGCAACCUUGACGUAACGUCUUUGGGACUGGAAAAUAUUGGUUGUUCACCCACUGGUGGUUUUUCUGCGGUAUCAUACCUGCGGUUUGCCUAGGGUGAUGACUAAUCUCGGAUUCUACUGCACUAACUUGCGAUAUCUUUAUAUAUUAGAUAAGGCGUUCGAUUUAUUUUGUACAAUUGUAUUUCUGAUUCAUCUGUGGAUGUGAAAAACAAACGAUGUUCAAGUUUACUCUCCACAUUACGGACUACGGGAAUUGGUAGCGGAGAACUUGAAACCUUUGUUGAAACAGGUUAUUUUGAUCAAGGACGCAGUUGUGGAAAAUGUAGAAAAGAAAUCAAAUGUAAUCCUGAAAAGGCUGUCAUUAAAUUACUAACUAUCGCUGAUCAGACUUUGAUACAUCUUGCUGUAUCUGCUGCGGGUUUAAAUUCGCUGUACCGAUUUCAAUCAAAUAUGGACCUCUUUUUUUUCUAUUCAUGAUUCGCAUGCACUUUUGAAAUUUUAAAUUCAAAUAUUUUGUGCCGGUAACACUCUUAACUUGAUUGCAAAUCCGCAACCUGCAAUGCCGCACUUCUGUCUCUUGGACCUUUUCAGGCUUCAUUGGAGAGUUCACUGUCAAACACACAUACACACAAAAAGAAUCUCGACAUCUAGUCAACUUGUAAAAAGUCUCGAUGAUCUUACGAAACUGCUAGUUGAAGUGGUCGCGUGGCACAUGUCUCAUGACGAUUUUCUUAUUCUUCUUCUGGAAUGAGGCUUCCGAGGGUUCCAAUGUUUCUGAUAAACUGAUCUGGGCAAAAUUUAUUCAAGCUGGCGUUUCUAGUUCUUUUUUUUUUUUUACUUGAUUUGGGUGUCUUAUGUUUAUGCGAAAUUCAUGCCGCAUUGAGUAUGGUUAUGCACACAUUGAGAACACAAAUAUAAAGAGCAAAUCGCAGGUUUGAUAUGUCGCAAUUGCAUUCGGAAGUUUAAUGAGUCACUGCGGCUUGAAGCCACGAGUGAAUUUAUCGCGCUAGAUAUGUCCGCUGCUUCUUUUUGGACUAGAAGUGUUUCGCGCAUGUGUAAAUGAUUUCCACUCGUUCCCCUAGACGCUGUCUUGGGCGUUAUAGAGGUGGAUGAAGAGUUGCGGCUUGGUUCUCUCGUUUUGUUUUAGCUCGUUUCUGGAUUCUUGCUUUCGAAACCGGAAAUUGAUGCGCCCAUAGGUGACAUGAGGGAGGAAUGGAAAGCGGAGCAGCGUCUCAGCAGGACACUACCUCGAUAUCUCGACACACGUCACUCCUUUCCGAGUCAGGAAGGGAAAUGGAUGUCUGCAUUCACAUUUUUGUUGAUCUGAUUAAUUCAUUUUUUUCACAUUGGAUGAAUGAAUACCAUGGAUAGGUCUAUAAUGCAGUCGUUUUCUCCAAAGUGGGAAAGAAAUGAUUCCACAUAAAAUUUUUGAGGUGCCUUUGGCUAUAACAUUGCGAUUGUGCGCGAGUGAAUUUUGCAUAUGUUUGUGAAGCAACAAUUCGAAUCCAGAAUGGUGCACGGCGUGUCGUUUUUCUAAGGCAUAUUUAGAUAGGCCUCGUAUAGAAAAAGAAAAACAAACUUCGCGAGUACCCCUUCACACAGGAUACUCGGCGCUUGUUCCAACAGUACACGCUUGCGAAGCCACGUAAAUUUAACAGUCUAAUCCCAGCUGUUGUGUUUUUUAAGUUUAAUGAGGUUUUAGCUUCAAGUAAGCGUUUUUCUUUUAAAAAUUGCCUAGACGUUGACUACCAUUCGCAGUUAUCACUUUUACAUAUGCCUGUUCGUUUACCGUAUACAGAGUGUCAGAGUGUGCAGCGAAGAGCUAUCCGCAGUAUUUUUGCGUCAAAACAUUUUGUGUGUGGUGUUUCGUGUUUUGAAUUGGCUUUUUCAGUCCACGAGGUUCCUCCGUAUACCGCUGCAACUGGCUCUCCAAUUGCUUUGCGGUAAAAUUGGCGAGGCAAAAUGUUUAGACCGAAGGUCGGGGGUACUUGAAAGAAAAUUUUACCAACUGGUUAGAUAUUUAAAGGAAAUUAAAGUUACUGCGUCUUUGUCCACAAACCAGGAGCGGUAAACAAGUUUUGGCAUAUUUGUUCUCAAAACAGUUUCAAAACAUGUCUCGAAGUGGCUGGCCGAGCUCCCUGUACCAUCAUCUCUCUAGAAAAUGCCACCUCCUAAAACACCCCGCCGACUUACGUUCAACGGCAGCAAAAGAGGCCAUUAUCUCAGUGCUGACAUCGAUCCCCAAAAACGAUGACAUUUUGUGUCCAAAGAAGCAUCUAAGCCGUGCCCAAUGACGACUCCCCUAUCAAGCCUGAGCUUUAAAGGAUUUCGACGCAAUCUACCGUGUAUGGCGUCCAACUCCUUACUAUCGAUCAGCAUUUUCUCAGGUUAAAUUUCAACCCUAUUGCGGUGCAAUUAUCUCUUCUUGUUCAGUAUCCCGUCGCAAUACGAACGCACAACUCCGCACAGUAUUUCCAUGAACGUAACCUGGAACAAUGCAAAGAGAUUCCAAGAUUUUAUUAUUUCCAAGAGAUUGUCUCAUACUAUGUAGUUCACCGCGCAUUAACUUGCGCCACAAACUAAUUUUCCGAUGCCAACUUAUACUCGUCAGUCCAGCGGGUCAGCAUACGGAGGUUGCGGAGAGUUAAAAGAAUAUGAAUCCUUCGUCUUCAAACUCGUGUCUUCGUGUAUCGAUUUGUCGUCGCUUCUCGGCGUUUACAAACUCGCCGCUUGCGCUCCGAAGUUUGAAAACUACAUGUGUUUUUUGCGAAGGUUGCAGUUGAAUAAGUGAUCUUUCGACUCUGUCCUUUCUCUCAUAUAUAGUCUCCGACUGCUUAAGAAGCUCAGGGCGUGGUGUGUCCCGCGCAUCUCAUUAUCGCUGUUCAGCCAAUGAGAGGGCGGCGUUAGCCGUUACGAAAGUCGAGGAACCAAUCACGAAGCUAGAGGGGUGAACACAAUAUACCACGCCGUUCGUUUCUCAAUCUGUCAGUGACCACAGAAGGAAUGUUGCAUCUGCCGCUGGUCCAACCUCUCAUAUAACGAUCGGCCCCGUGUUACAAUGACCUUUCAUUUCCUCUUGCGGUACGUCGCAUUACCUACACUACCUUGUCUCUACCACUAUUCACUGCAGCGAGAUGAUCGCUAUUCACUGUCACCGACAGUGCUGGUUUCUUGUUUUUGCACUAGCAGAAUCCGUGGGGCUAUGCUCUAGGAGAACGAUUUCGUGGGACGAUCCACGCGAGGGGCGAGCCUCGGGCCCUGCUCUGUGGGCGACAAGAGGUACCGCACGUAUAUCCACCACAUAUCCUUCUCACCACCUCCUUGGCUGGUUGGUGACCUUUCCUUCGUGACAUGGCAACCGUGCGACGCUUCGGCUCUCCUACGCGGUGGAUGUUCACGGCUCCGCAAAAAAGGCUGUCGCCAGAGGGCGCAGUCGUCCUUCUCAAUGUGCCUUUUUCAGUUGGGUCUCCCACCUCCCGGUUUCGUUGUCUAGGUGUCGUGACCUCGCAAUACGCGAUAUCUCUCUCUAUAUAAAUAAAUAAAUGAAUAACGAAGGUAAACGAGCGCAGUUUUGUAAAUAUGUCCAUACUUUCGAAUCGGUAUAUAAUAUAAAUAUGAUAUAGAUAUAUAUAGAUAUAUAUAUAUAAUCGCACGAGGCAUGUAACGUGCAAACGGCGACACUAAUGUGCAAGCAUUUUAUGUGCAAUAACUUUGUUGCCUUUCCCAACGUUCCCAAUCUCCCUCCCGCGCGCUCUCUCUCUCUUUCUCUCGCGCUCUUUCUUUUCUUGUUGGACACAUGCGGGAAAUUGAGGCAGCUGACAACACCGAAAUGUCACCGAGUUGAGGUAUUUCUGUUUCUUCCCGCUGGAACCCUUCCAGUCUGACCGUUGACCGACUCAAGGCGAAAAGUGUGGUGUCGCUCUGCGCUUUUGUCUUCUGUUCUUUUUCGCGGAACCUUGUUCUAUCUGUGAUGGUGUUCCUCGAUCUCCGCUCUUUGUUGUUCCCUUUUUUUUAUUUCCUAAGAAUUGAAUCGAUUAACUGCCGUUCGCGUCUCAAGGUUGUGUGCGAACCCGUGUGUUCCGCCUACAUUCAAUGUGUCUCAACUUUAAACUGUGUCGCACAUUCCGCAAUAAAAAAAAAUGAAAACAUUGUUUGGAGAAA